AUGGUAUAUACGACAAUGCUAGCAUCAGUGCCACUACUGCUACUACUACUUCGCAUGCUUCAAAGAGCAAGAAGAUGGCUGGAUCUGUUGUGCCAAUACAAGAGGCCUCCGACAGCGGCAUCAACAGCGAUCCGGAUGAUAAUGUUCAUGCUCCUGUGCACGACCAAAAGAACAAUAUAUCUACAAAAGAAGUGCAACAGGGGUCAGCCAGAUGUCGGUUUUAGCGGGUUGAGUGCAGGUGAGCUGUUUACUGUCCUUGUGGAUGAUGGAAAAGAAGAGCAUAAUCACGAUACAGCUGCAACUACGCAAGAAACCGAAGAUAAAGAUAAGCCACACAGUUCAGUCGCUCCGAGGUUGCUUCAACGUAGUUCGCAGAUACGCAUGAAUGAUGACGAAAUUGACGGCGGUGCAAGCAAAUUGGAAGGUACGAUAGGACGUUACAGUAAGGGAAAUCUGUACGAAACGGGUGAGCUUCCUUCAUUGUCUGGGCUCCAAACACCACUACCAUCGUAUGACGAGGCUGCAUCACUCUUUUUAUCAGUUCGUGAAACGACCGCAGGAUCAAUGGAUUGUCCUUGUGGUGUCAGUGAUUCAGAUAAAGAUGCGGCGCUGGGGUUGCCUUACCUUCAAACAAUUCCAUUGGCUUUGAAUGCUGAUGUGGUUGACAUAACGACUGUUUUUUUUAUUUUAAGCAAUGAUUUAGAGGCCAUUUUGAACGAAAGUGAUAGUGAUCUGGAGAAUACAUCACCGUCCAUUGGUGCCGAACUUGCUAGGGACAACGAACAGAAAACAAACAACGACGAGUCGACAUAA